CAAUUCUCCCCACUCCCCUUUUCCAUGCAGGCAGCCACGCUCACGGCCCAUGGGGAGGAGCCCACCAAGCAGCCAGGGGGCUCCGAGAGCAGCGAGGAGGAAGAGGAGGACAAACUGGACCGCUCUUCGGCCCGGAGGCUGACGGAUGAGGAGCUGGUGCGGGUGUGCGGGGGCCGCACGGCACACAGAGCUGCGCGGCACGGGCUGACCAUGAGCGCCAAGCUGGCGCGGCUGGAGCAGCAGGAGCGCGCCUUCCUGGCUGCCAGGCAGCGCGGCGGGGGGGGGCAGCCCACGGACCCCCAGAGCAGCCCCCCGGCAGAGCUGAGGGACAGCAGGAAGAAGAAGAAGAAGAGAAGGGAACCGUUGGUGGAUGGAACUGAUGUGGAGGAGCUGCGGAGCCAGGAGGCGAAUGGAGGAGAGGAGAGAGAGGAGAGGAGAAAGAAGAAGAAAAAGAGGAGGAAGGAGAAGGGGGAGGAGGUGGUUGAGAUGGAGGGACCUGCAGAAGACACCGGUGGGCCAGGGGAGGCUGAGCACCACCCUGAGGUGAGGAGGAAGAAGAAGAAGAAGAGGCGGAGGGAGGCAGAAUGAAUGCAGCCACCUGGUGAGGGGGGGCCCGGAACCCCCUGUGGUGCAUUGGGUGCUCAGAGGGGCCUGGGGAGCUGUGUGCCCCAUGGGAGCUGCCUGGAACCCAGCUCCCAGCUGGCCCUGAGGAGGGGACCAGUUUGCCAUCAGCCCAUGGAGGAGCGGCGUGAAGCCAGAGCAAUGUGAGGGCAGAGCAAUGUGAGGGCAGAGCCUGCGCAGCACUGCGUUCACCAAAGGUUUUUUUGUUUUCUAAUACAUUUUUAUUGCACCAAACAA